UAGGUUCCAAUACCUCCACACUUUUGCUUACAAUGAUCGUAGAUGGCAAUAGUCACCAAACCAUCUUAAUGGCAUAACUACUUUCCAAUAAGGCAGUCCUUAUUUCCUCAUCCAAUUCUUCACUUAUAAACUGAAAAACAAUCAUUGGAUUCCUAGCUAUAUGUAUGCAUAUGAGGAAAUUUUUGGUUGAUCAGUGAAGCGCUGCACAGAGAAUGAAGAACAGGUUUGUUGCUGAUAAGGCUGCAGCUACCAUGGGAAUGAGUUCGGUAUCUGGUGCAAAGCCUAACAAGUGUGUCAUUUUUCCAGCCAAAGCGAACAUAGUUGCUGAAGCUUUCGAACGAAGAAAAAGGAAGUGGGUUGUUCGGUCAAAAAUUGCAAACGAUUUGAUCAUUGGAGUUGGGGAUUGUACAUUUCUGUUGCAUAAGCUCCCUAUGGUCUCGAGGAGUGUAUACUUGAAUAGACUUGUAUUUGACAGAAGAAACAAUGAAGAGAAAGGCACAUGCUCCAAGAUCCAAAUUGACAAUUUUCCUGGCGGUGCUGAAACUUUUGCUUUAGUAGUGAGAUUCUGUUAUGGAUUGAAAUUUGAUCUAACCGCAGCCAACAUUGCUCCACUAUAUAAUGCCGCACAGUUUUUGGAGAUGACUGAUGAUCUUGAGCACGAAAAUCUCAUUUCUAAAGCAGAGGCUUUUCUAACUUUUGUGUUGUUUUCGUCAUGGAAAGACAUAUUUCAGGUUUUGAAGAGCUGUGAAACCAUUUCUUCUUGGGCCAAGGAGCUACUAAUCGUGAAACGUUGCACUGAAGCCAUUGCUUGCAAGGCCUGCACUGACUUGAAAGCAUAUAGUUUUGACAAUGAAGAAGCAAGGAUGUGCUUCAAUGUUUUACCAAAUAAUGCAGAAAACUCAAAACUUAAGGACAAAGUUGACAACUGGUGGUUUGAAGACAUUUCAUUCCUGAGAAUAGAUCAUUUUCUUGAAGUGAUCAAAUCCAUUAAACGUAGAGGUAUGAGAGCAGAGCUCGUAGGAUCUUGUAUAGCACAAUGGACUACAAGAUGGCUUUCUCAAAUCCAUCUUGGAUUGGACAACAAUCUAGCUCCGAGACAAUUGACACAUCAAUUGAUAAGAAUUACGACUGAAAGUUUGAUUACGGUACUUCCAGAUGCAGAAAAUUCAGUUUCUUGCAACUUUUUGCUUCACCUUCUCAAGGCGGGUUUGAUGAUGAAUAUCAAUUGUGAACUAUUGAAUAAGUUAGAAAGACGAAUAGCCUUGAUGUUGGAGGGAUGUUCUGUUCAAGAUCUCCUGGUUAAGAACUACGGAAGUGAUAUUACUUAUAAUGAUUGCAGUACUAUUAUUAGGGCUGUGGAAGCUUAUGUUUCUUUUGUUUUAAGGGACCCUGCACCAAGGGCGUUUUCUGUUGGAAGGUUGAUUGAUGGGUUUCUUACACAAAUUGCGAGGGACAAGAAGCUUACAGCGGAAAGUUUCCAGUCACUUGCAGAAGCGUUGCCUAAAAGUGCUCGAUAUUGUAAUGACAACCUCUAUAGAGCCAUGGACAUGUACUUGAAGGCACAUCCUAGUUUAACAGAAGAAGAAAGAGAACGGGUAUGUAGUACCAUGGAUUAUCACAAACUCUCGCAAGAAGCACGCCAGCAUGCGAUGAAGAAUGACCGUCUGCCUUUAAAAAUUGCGACACGAUUUGUCCUUCUUGAACAAGUGAACAUGACAAGGACAAUCACAGCUGCUGGAUGUAAUUGCCGAAGAACAAAGACUCAACUAAUAGUGAAAGUAAGUAAAGGUCUGGAGAAGAGACAGAUGGCAUCGAAGAUGGAGCUAAAGAAGAUGAAAAAAGAGGUCGAGACGAUGAAGGCACAGCUCAGUGAGUUGCAUAUGUUCAAAGUAGAGCUUCAGAGACAACUGAAGCAGUGCAUCAUAUAAAGAAAUGUGGUAUGCAUUGGAAACUAUUCCAUUGAUUUUCUGUGUUUUGAACUAAGAGUUUGCUUUGCUAUAUCCUCCAGAGUUG